UCUUUUUUCUUUUUAUUCUUCGCUUUGGUUCGAAGUCUUUCUCCAGUUACCCAACAGGCAUUUAUCCUACAACCAUGUUUAUUCGUUUUGUUAUCUGCGUCUUGGGCCUUUCCGCACUCAUCCAGCCUGCAAUCUGCCUUCCUGUCUCCACUACCCGAUCAAUCCACAGCGCAGUAUCUCAAGGAAGUUCUGCCGGACGGCCGGAUCUCUUCCGCCGCGAGGCCCCCGGCGACCCGGAAAUCCAAUACGCCCCGCUGGUGGAGCGUGGCUCCCCUAGCAAUGGCUACUACACUCCAAGUGAUUCGUAUGGAGACUACUAUCCACCCCCGAAGAAAGCGUACAGUGCGCCGGAUGCGGACGGGCCUCCUAAGAAAGAAAAAGAAGGCGUCUUGAACACUCUCCUCGGCGGCCCCGUCAAACUUUUGGGUCUCGAUGGGAACGGCGGCGGUCUCUUGGGUAACGUUCUAAGUUCUCGCCAUUAAGCCUUUGGCGACGACGAGAACGGCAGUCUCUUUUUUGGGAUUUUUUUUGUUUGUAAAUAGUUAAAUCUUAGGCGGUCCCG